AUGGAAUUAGAUGAUUUGCCAUUACGUGGGGAUAUUUUGGUCAAAUGUUUUCAACGUACAGCUCACUCGGAGCGUGUGCCACUUUUUCGAUGUCAGUUUAAUACUUGCACGUUUGAUCUGUCGACUGCUUCUGAAUGUGUCUUUAAGAUGAAAUUCUACCGUGAAGAAUUGGAUGAUAUCUUUAAUGGUAUUUUAAUCUACUAA